UAAAAAGAAGCACCUCCAUAAAUGUGUGCGUUCAUUAUCUGUCUUCGGCUCUGCCCAUAACUUCUCCCUGCUUGCUACUGUAAGCUAGCACUGGUUAACCCUCAAAGGACCCGAUCCCACCUUCGAUCAUUGUCACGAAUCUAGACAAAUCAGCCGCCGCGGGGGCCGUUUCAAACAUGCAUAAAUGUUGCAUUGGUCACGCGCUUACAGGGGGAGCUUUUAUCAGAAGUCUGGGAGAUCGAUGUUGAUUGUUCUCUUGAGUACCACCAGGGCUCUGCGCCAUCGUCUAUUACCCUGGAUAGACAAUCACCAUGGACAAGGCGCGAGGAACGCUUUUAGCCCAAAAGAGAAGAAACACUCGCGAUCAGAACAGAUGGUCUUAACUGACUCACUAGUUAGUUAGUUAUGGGAGUGUUGCAAAAUAAGGAAUUUACAAGAACUAACUAGCUGGCUUCGUUACUGGUCAACCACUUGGGCAACCGUUAACUACAUACCCUUGAAAGUGGCUUCUCCAAUUCCCUUGGCCAUCUCAUAGCACGGCAAUUCUUCGUGGGCAUGGAUCCAUUCUCCAUUGCGGCCGGAGCUGUGGGCGUUGCAGACGUUUGUUGGUGUGUUGUGAAAUACCUAAGAAUCUUCCUGCCGCUAUUGCAGAGAUCCAGAAAGAAAUUGACAGUUUGAUCGCCGAAGUUGAGUCUCUGCAGACAAUUGUUCGAUCUGUCGAAAGUUCCUUUGAAGGAAGUUUUUCCAAACCCUCAGAUGAAACUCCACUGAGGGCAGCCAAUCUUGAGAACCUAUGGAGAGAUUUCAAGAAGAGUUUGGAAGGAUGCCAAAACGUUGCAAAGGAGCUCGAACGCCUUGUCUAGGAGAUAUACGGCAAAAGUGGCUCUAAGGUUACGAGCAAACUUGACGUGUUAGGGAAAGAGAAUCGUAGAAGAGAUAAGGCAGGUAGUUUGUGCCGGGUACGUGAGAAGCUCUCGACUGAAAAGGACAACCUCCAGAUUCUCCUGAUGGGAAUUAGUUUGUGAGUACAACUAUACAACCAUUUGCCAUAUGUAAAUAAUGACUAGACGUGAAAUUAACUUUACUAUUAGGUACAAUCACCAUGUUCACAAGAUACCCUGGUCCAAAUGUCCAAAGACCUCCGUUCACUGGAUCAAAACUUCAAGUCACAGAUGAUGUCCAUGGAAAAUAGAAUUAAAUUCUCUGAUGAAAGCGGCGCCGGGCCAGACCUGGAAGGCGUUAGUACACUAUCAAGAAUCAAGCAUUCCCGCAGUUCCAUCCGAUCUGUCGCUGCCGCUGUAUCCAUCACUACCCCUAAUAAAUUCUUUGAUGUCCCCCAACCUGUGAGCAGUGUUUACACGGGCCGAACAGCUUUUCUCGAAAAACUGCGAAAUAUACUCUUUUCACCGGUAACCCUGGAGUCAACGCAAAAGCAGCUUCGCUUUGUUAUUUAUGGGAUGGGUGGCUCGGGAAAAACACAAUUUUGCUCAAAGUUUGCGGAGCAAAACAGGGACUGUCUGUGGGGAGUAUUUUGGGUUGAUGCCAGCUCCCAGGAACGAAUAAAACAGACAUAUGCGGAAAUAGGUAAACUUGGUGAAGUUGAACCAAACCAUAAGGCUGCGAUGCACUGGCUUUCCAAUCGCGAGGAGAGGUGGCUCCUAAUAAUUGAUAAUGCCGAUGAUCCUCGCAUUGAUUUGCAUGAGUUCUUCCCGAAAGGAGACCGAGGUUAUAUAAUUAUCACAACACGGAAUCCGGCGCAUAAGUUAUACGGUAAUCUGAAACCUGGAUCUUUCGAAUUUCAAGGUAUGGAGGAUUAUGAUGCACGUACGCUACUCCUACGAGCUGCUCGGUUAUCAGAACCUUGGGAUGCCGACUGCGCAACAUGGGCCGCUAAAAUUACUCGACAACUCGGAUUCCUAGCGCUUGCACUAAUCCAUGCCGGUGCCGCGAUACGCAAUCGUUUAUGUUCACUGAAAGACUACUUAACAUUCUAUGAUAAGAAUUGGGAGCGCAUCCGCCGCACUCGCCAAUUGUCUGUUGAUUCUGACGGUGAACGUGAGGAAUACAUGAGUGCUCAUGCUACAUAUGAGGUCUCUUUCAAUGGCAUUGCAAAGAAAGGAACUGAGUCUUCUGAAGAUGCCAUCCAACUACUCAAAAUAUUUUCCUUUUUCUAUUUCAAAAAUAUCCGGUUUGACAUAUUAAAGAAGGCAGUUAUAAACUGCGAACUUGAAAAGGCUGAGCAAGAACGAAAAGCUCAGCAGGAGGGAGAACGGCCUUUGACUUGGAGUUCCCCUGUAUUGCCUUCUGCUAUUCGAGAAGGCAGAGCUUUGCAGUUUUUUGACGAAGUACGAAUACGUUAUGCCUUGAGAGAACUCAUACAGAUGUCUCUAGUCACCCAAGAUGAGUCUGCUGACAGCUACUCAAUGCAUCCUCUAGUCCAUAGGUGGGUACAAGAACGGCCAGAGAUGAGCACGUCAGAACAGGCUGUUUGGUCACAAGCUGCAGCUACAACUCUGGCUCACUCCAUCCUUCUCCCGCCUCUGGGUGAAUCUGAAGCAGACGAGAUAUUUCGAAGAGAUAUUCUCCCACAUAUUGAUCACGUUCGAAGCUGUCUGGCGGCGAUUAACGACAAGAUAACUGAGAACAGAAAAGGCCGCUGGUAUGGACUAGUCCAAUGGCCAGGGGCGGGCUCAAGAUUUGGUCGAGACAACGCUAUCCUCUAUGCAAAAUUCAGCAUUGUAUUUGCACAAAAUGGACGCUGGGAUGACGCCGAAUCACUUCAACUAGCUGUCAAACAAUAUGCGGACAAUAUUCUUGGUUUAGAGCAUCCUAUCACUAGGCGUAUAACGCUGGCGUUAGCAUUGACAUACUGGAACCAAGGGCGGGGAGACGAGGCUGCUGAUUUGCAAGACGCCGUUUUGCAAGCCUGCAUGGCCUCAUUAGGCCCCAACAGUCAUGAGACAUUGAUGUCAAUGGAUCUGUUAGGCCAGGGAAGAUGGCAGCAAGGAAGAUAUAGUGAAGCCAGAAUGCUUCAGCAACAUGCCGUUGAAGGUCUUAUCAAAAUUCGAGGUCCACGCCACGAGGAUACUCUGAGCGUCAUGGGAAACCUGGGUCGAACACUAAUGAAAUUCUAUGAAAACCCGGAUGAAGCAAAGAGGUUAUUGAGUCAAGCUUAUGAUGGUUUGUCUGAACUUCUAGGGCCAACGCAUCUCAAAAGCUUGGUUAUGAAGGAAGAAUUAGCAUUGGUCAUUUUGCAAAUGGAAGAAGAGCCGUCCCUGGCUGCCACAAUGAUUGAGGAGGUUCUUGUAAGUCGCAAAGAGAAAUUAGGAAAAGAGCACCCAUACUCGCUUCUUGCUAUGGUUAAUUUAGCAAGGGCAAAUAUUGCGAUGGGCCAGUUUAAAGAAGCAGAGUCACUCGUUCGGUGGGGACUGGAAGUUGCGGAUAGGAAUCUGAGCCAUAAACAUAUCGGUACGCUAAUGGGAAGGACAGUAUUAGGGGUCAUAUUGACGCGUCAAUCUCGAUUUGAUGAGGCAGAAGACACUUUGCUGGGAGUGAUCGAAAAUCUACGAAAUUUCUCAUCAUUCCGAGGAGAUUUCCAUCCUGAUCGCCUGGGCGCAAUGAUUGAACUUGCCAAGUGCUAUAAGCUACAAGGCAGAGUCAAUGAUAGCAUUAGACUCUGUGAUGAGACUAUUGAAGGGUUAAGCAAGAUCAGUUUGAAGGAACAUCCACUUGAGAAGAUGAUGAAGAGGUUGAAACUGGAGCUAAUUGGAAUGAAAAAUAAUGAUAGGAAACGGGAAGCUAUUAAUAAUUAA